GCAAAUACAAAUUCACAGCUGGAUUAUUACUUUGGCCUGUAACUGUUUUCUUACUGACAUUUCUUCUCUUACGUGCGGCCGCUAUGUCUGACGAGGAAGAGGACUACAUGUCUGACGCGUUUCUCAGUAAAAUACCAGAUGUGAAGCCAGGUGUCAGUAUGGUGCGGCGGGUAAAAGAAGUGAUGAAGAAGGAGAUCCGGCAAAAGGAAACAAACAUCAAGAACCGUCAGAAGACCUUCAAAGAGCAGGAAAAGGAAAGCAGAGAGGCAGCUUUACAAAACUCCAUCAGCAAUGAGAACAAAGGAUUUGCACUUCUGCAGAAAAUGGGUUACAAAGCUGGUCAGGGCCUCGGGAAGAAAGGAGCAGGAAGGGUUGACCCGAUUCCUCUAAAUAUCAAAACCGACAGAGGUGGCAUUGGCAUGGAGGAAGUGAAGAAAAGAAAAGCAGAGGAGGAACUUGAGCAUUAUCGUCAGAAAGCACGAGCCAAACAACAGAAUGAGACCAAAUCUCUGGAAGACUUUAGGUCACGAGUACGGACAGAGAGAGAGGAGCGAAAGAUUGAGGGAGAUCUCAGGAGGAGUCAGCGAGCCUGUGAGCAGCUUGACAGUCAGAAGGCCAUCACUGUCCCCAGGGAAGACUGGUACUGGCCUAAAGCAGAGACUGAUGAUGAGGAAGAUGGUCUUAAGGAGGAGGAGGAGGGGAAGGAGGAGGAAGAGGAGAUUGUGGAGUUAACUUCAUAUGACAAACUGCACAUUUUGACAUCCUAUUUGAGAGGAGUCCAUUUUUAUUGCAUAUGGUGUGGGACCACCUAUAAUGAUGAAGAGGACUUGUGCUCCAACUGUCCUGGGGAUACAGCAGCAGACCACGAUUGAACUUACAAUAUACACAUUAGAUCCCAGUGAAAAAGCAUUUACAACACAUUACAUGCAGACAUGAGUGCAGACAAUUUUUGCAAUAAGAAACAGGCUCAUCACACUUAAGGCAAUAAGGUGAUCAUGAGUGGGGAAAUAUUUAUUUAUCAUGUGUUGUCCAUUUCUGAAAGGACUUACUGUUUAAAGAUCCUAACAAUGUUUGUGGGUUGUAGUCUCUAAUGUUUCUUUAGAAAUCCAGUGGGAAAUUUAGGAUACCAUAUAUUUUUGAAAAGAUGCACUAAGAUUUUUUUAAAGACAUGUUUUAAGAGCAAUUGCAUACCUGUAUCUUCAUUAAAUGUUUUCAUAAUUA